AUGGAUCUCUGUCUGAGAGCGAGGAAAGUUUCAUUUCACGACAGAGAAGUGGAGAAAUCGCCGAGGGUGCGGAGAUCGCCGUCGGGCGAGUCGCUGCCCGUGUGCGCGAAGUUCCUCCGCGUCGCGUCCGCGUCGAGCGAGCGAGCGCGAACGCGGCGAACCGCGGACCUCGGGAUCGUCCACAUCAACGGCUCCACGCCCUACGCGAGUGCAUGCGUCCGCAAGGGCGGGGAAGCCGGACGAGUGCCGGGCGGAGGAAAAGCCAGGGACGGGAGGAGGCAGAAGGAGUGGAGGGAGGUGGACGAGUCGGUGCUCGCGGGGAUCCCGCUCUGCCUCAAAGCGUAUCACUGUCUCGUCGGGAGGCACAUUCAACGUCUGCAACGAUCCUUCCUGAGAGAAGAGGAGCCAUUGGAUUCAAGCAACCCAUACUCAUCCUGUCCCGUGAUCCUCAUCGACGACACCCUAGCCGGUAUGGAUGAGUCAUCCCUCGUCCACGCCGUCCAGGAGAAACUGGCCAUCCGGCCCAAGAAGCGCCGGCCCUCCAUCCACGUGCUGGAUCCGGAGACGGCCGGCUCCGUCAGCGAAGACGAGCCGGAGGCGGACAUGAGCCGGCUCGGCAUGGACCUCCUCGGCGUCCCCUCCUUCGAUCUCACCCUCAAGGUCAAGAAUCCGGGGAAUUCCGAUUGCCAACCUGCAGAUAUGAUCACCGGUUAGAAUUUCGUCGCCGUACCGGAGAAGUACUGAAAAGUAUGUACUUUUGUCGCGUUGCUGAAUGUUCAGAUAAAUGUUCUAUCGAAUUUA